AUGAUACCUGGUGGUACAGUUCAAGAAACUACGCAGCUUAACAUCGAAUCUCUUUGGUCUGGGGGACCUUUUGCCGAUCCGUUAUAUAAUGGAGGAAACAAGCAACCCCCGACUGGAGACAUCGACGACAUCGAAGGUCUUACAACCGAUGCCGGGCAAUACGGAUCCUACGCAGGAGCCGGUCAUCUAUUAACGACUUUGAACAUCAACGGGUCGAUCUCUGGCUAUAAUCGAUGGCUUGACCUUGAUAAAGCCCUUGCACGAACUUCUUGGACACAGAACGGACAUAAUAUCUUGAGAACGACGUUUUGUUCGAACCCGACCAAAGCAUGCGUGCAGCAUAUGCAGACCGACGUGCCAACGCUCCCAGAUCUGACCUUUUCAUUCACUGUUGACCUUGAACCAGGCCUUCCUGCUCCCAAUAUUACUUGCCUUUCGCCAAGCUCAUUGCUUGUUUCCGGUUUGGUAUCACAUUCUCCUCCUGGAAUGGCUUACGCUUUGAUUUUCAAUGCAUAUACUGCAUCGUCUAAAGCCGUUUUUCAAUGUGUACAGCAGCCAGUUGCAUCUGGAAACCUUCCCAACGCCACCUUGCACAUAUUUUCACAUAACGGCAGUGCUAACACGGAAGCAUGGAUCGUUUGGACGGGGGACACAGAAUACGACAUGAACGCUGGCGACGCUGCUCAUAAUUUCUCAUUUCGGGGAGAAAGUCCAGUCACCAAACUCUUGUCUUCUCGUUCUCCAGAAUCUUUCUCUGACUACAACGCGUUGUUGAAGCAGCACAUCGGAGACAUUUACAACAUCCUUCACAGGCCCUUCGCUCUGGAUUUAGGGCAGGUACCCGAUUUAGAUUCACCCACAGAUAUCAUAAAAGACAGGUACUCCAUUAACGGACCCCCAAGUAACGCCUAUCUCGAUUGGUUGACAUUCAACUACGGACGUUACCUGCUAGCCAGCAGCUCUCGCGGAGCUCUUCCUGCCAACCUUCAGGGUAAAUGGGCAAAUGGGAUCGGUAAUCCGUGGAGUGCUGAUUAUCACUCAAAUAUCAAUAUCCAAAUGAACUAUUGGCUCGCUGAGAUGACAGGCUUGAGUGAGUUGACGAUUCCGUUAUUCAACUAUUUUGAGAAAACCUGGGUGCCACGCGGAGCUGAAACGGCGCAAGUUCUCUACAACAUCUCUCGAGGAUGGGUCACUCAUAACGAAAUGAACAUUUUUGGACACACUGGAAUGAAGGGUGGGGGUAACACCGCACAAUGGGCCAAUUAUCCCGAAUCUGCUGUGUGGAUGAUGCUUCAUGUGUGGGAUCAUUUCGACCAUACAAACGAUGUAGCAUGGUGGAAAUCUCAGGGAUGGCCCCUUAUCAAGGGAGUGGCAAGUUUCCAUCUAGACAAACUUAUCCCGGACGAGUAUUUCAAUGACAACACUCUCGUUGUCAAUCCCUGCAACUCCCCCGAGCAAGUACCUAUCACGCUUGGAUGCGCUCAUGCGCAACAAAUCAUUUGGCAGUUAUUCAACGCCGUUGAGAAAGGAUUUAACGCAUCAGGAGACCCCGAUAUUAAAUUCCUCGCCGAUGUAAAAGCAGCGCGCUCGAAGAUGGAUAAAGGCAUCAAAAUUGGUUCUUGGGGGCAACUGCAAGAAUGGAAGAUUGAGAAAGACUCCCCAAGUGACACGCAUCGUCACCUAUCCCAUCUUAUUGGGCUUUAUCCUGGCUACGCUAUAGCAAAUUUUGAUCCAUCUCCUUCUGUGCAAGGGAACGGUGCCGCGAAGAACUAUCAAAAGAAUGAAGUUCUUGCAGCUGCUACAGUCAGCCUUGCGCAUCGCGGUAACGGAACUGGAUCUGACGCUGACUCUGGAUGGGAAAAGGCAUGGAGAGCCGCAGCAUGGGCUCAGUUGUCGAACAGUUCUAUGUUUUAUCAAGAACUAUCGUUUGCCCUUCACGAAAACUUCGGAGCGAACCUUUUUAGCUUGUACGAUCCAGCGGAUGACGAUCCAGUUUUCCAAAUUGACGCAAACUUCGGAUUCCCUGCCGCGAACGCUCUUCUCCAGGCACCAGACGUUGCGAGUAUCACCACCCCCCUUGUGAUCACCAUUCUUCCGGCUCUUCCCGCUCAAUGGCCUUCUGGCUCCAUUCGAGGCGCUCGUGUUCGUGGAGGGAUCACGGUGGACAUUCAAUGGAACAAAGGUCGCCCCACCUCAGUCACUCUCCAAGUGGACUCUCUAAAGAACCUAAAGCACAGGCCAGUGCAUGUGGUCUAUAAGAAACAUGUGCUUGCUUCUUUCACUGCGAUUCCUGGGCUGAAAAAAGUGCUCAGUGGGUUUUGA